AUCUGGGAGUGUGCAGCACCACUGGGUUGAAAUCUAUCACUUUGUGGAACAUCUGGCUCACAAGUUCAUAAGGUGAGAAUAGUUUGUCCCACAUUGUUUAAAGACCAUGUAAUGAAAAUAAACCAAUUAACCACACAUGGUGUGUGUAUGAUGUAUUUCAUUGCUUGUUAUGAUUGUUAGUGUACUGACAACAGAGAUAACGUUAAUUUAAAUGGUCUGGGUAUUGCUCAUUUCUCUCCAGUCCACAGCUGCGCAUGUCCUUCAUUGUGUUCUCCACUGAGGGAAGGAUUUUGAUGCAGCUUACAGAGGACAGGUAAGGGAACAAUCUUUCUUUCUUAGGAUUUGGGUAUUACAUCUGCACAAGAUAUCAGGUAUUUGCUGAUUCUGAACUGAGUUGAUUAUCAAGAACUCAGAAACCAGAGAAACAUGCAGGAUUUGUUUAAUUGAAUUAGAGACAUAAAAAAACUAAUCACAAUACCCUCACAUUGAGCUCAACCGACAAUGCUGUCAAUCCCUUGGCAAACUGUACGCUUCAGCAUGUGGCUCAUAAUAUAUCAUGUGUUGCAUAUGUGUCUAAUCUUUCUUCAGGAACAGUUUCCACACAGGCACUGAAACGUUUUCAAUGUCAUCCUGCUAUCUCAUUUUACACAAGACUCAUUUCCUCAUUCUCUGCUGGACAGUGUCCUGUGGCAAUAGAUCCCCAAAUCUCAGCUUGAUCUCUUAAAUCUGAAGCACAUAUAAAGCCCAUCACUACUCUCUGAAAUGGAAUGCCACUUCAAUAAAUAGAUCAUGAUAGGUCUUUGUUUCUGUGCUUAUUAAAAACAAUAGUUUUUGUCACUUCAUGUCUGCAUUUAGUUUAGGGAGAAGACUGCAUUGUACAAGAAAACAGUCAAAAAUAAAAUCUGUUAAAUAUUAAUGCACAGUUCUAUUUCUAGUGCUUAAAGCGACUCACUUGUCAUUCAAGAUUAUGGGCGUGCAUGCAUGUAGUUUAAUGCUGUACCCAACGUUUUAGUUUGACAGUAUGAUUUAAUAGUAGCACGUCACCCACAUUUAUAACUAUUAUGACUCUUCUUACGUCAAUACCUAUAGCUACGUCUUCUUUUAGGUCUUGUAAUUUACGGUUUGCAUAGCUUUGUAGCUGCAGUUAUAUCUAUGAGACAGGGACUUCUGCAGGGUGAGGGAUGAUACAUGAUGAAUAUGAACUGCCCUCUCAUCUGUCUGUUGGUCUGUUUGCUCAGGGAGAAGAUUCGCAAAGGUCUGGAGGAGCUCCAGAGGGUACUUCCAGGUGGAGACACCUUUAUGCACGAGGGCAUCCAGAGGGUGAGCUGUCUGCUUUUAGCUGAGUUUUGAGCUGGAAUCUAUCUCCAUUCUGGCUCAUGAACAAAGACCAUGGUUCAGAGACAAAAUGGUACCUGUAUCAGUAUGGAAUAGUUACUUUAUUCACAGGACAGCUCUAGCCAGUGUACUGUUUCAAUCCAAUUCCUCUUCUUUUACAGGCCAGUGAGCAGAUAUACUAUGGAAACUCUGAAGGUGUGUAGUUCAAUAAAAAACAUUUCAAUUGAUUCCUGCUAUACGUCUUGCAUCAUAUAUUAAUUUCUCAAGUAUAUAUGUUGGUCUACCAUUAUGAUUAUUUUAAUAGCUCUGUGGCAGCAUUUAGAUCCUAAUCAAAGGUUUUGUGUCUGUUUAUAGGAUACCGUACCGCCAGUGUCAUCAUAGCUCUCACAGAUGGGGAGCUGCAUGAGGACCUCUUCUACUAUGCUGAGAGGGAGGUAAGCACAGCCUGUCUAUUCCAUUUGCUUUAGCAAUGUAAACAUAUGUUUCCCAUGCCAAUAAAGCCCUUUGAAUUUAAUUUAAUUGCAUUAAAUUGUGUGAGACAGAGAGAAAGAGAGAGAGAAAGAGAGAGGUCUGAGGUCAUCUGCCUUUGGCCUAAAGAGCAGACUUUAUCAAAGAAAUUGAAAAUACAGACAUGGUCAUCCUACAAGAAACAUGAUAUAGAGGAAACAGACCCACUGGUUGCCCUCUAGGUUACAGAGAGCUGGUAGUCCCAUCCACCAAACUACCAGGUGUGAAACAGGGAAGAGACUCAGGGGGUAUGCUAAUUUGGGAUAGAGCAAACCUAACCCACUCUAUUAAAUUAGUCAAAACAGGAACAUUUUACAUCUGGCUAGAAAUUAAUAUGGAAAUUAUCUCAACAGAGAAAAAUGUCCUCAUGUAUGCUACCUAUAUCCCCCAAUAGAAUCCCCAUACUUUAACGAUGACAGCUUCUCCAUCCCAGAGGGGGAGAUCAACCAUUUCCAGGCCCAGGGACAUGUACUAGUCUGUGGUGACCUAAAUGCCAGAACUGGAUAAGAACCUGACACUCUCUGCACACAGGGGGACAAACACCUGCCUGGAGGUGACAGCAUUCCCGCCCAAAUAUGCCCCCCUAGACACAACUAUGACAAAACAACCAACAAAAACAACCUGCAGCUCUGUUGCACACUGGGUCUGUACAUAGGUAAUAGUAGGCUUCGAGGGGACACUUAUGGUAGGUACACCUACAGCUCAUCCCUUGGCAGUAGUACUGUAGAUUACUUCAUCACUGACCUCAACCCAGAGUCUCUCAGAGCGUUCACAGUCAACCCACUGACACCCCUAUCAGAUCACAGCAAAAUCACAGUCUACUUGAACAGAGCAAAACUCAAUCAUGAGGCAUCAAAGCCAAAGGAUCUGCAUAAUAUUAAGAAAUGCUAUGGAUGGAAGGAAAUUAGUGUAGAAACCUACCAAAAAACAAGUAGGCAACAACAAAUUCAAUCCCUUUUAGACAACUUCCUGGACAAAACGUUUCACUGUAAUAGUGAAGGUGUAAACUUGGCUGUAGAAAACCUAAACAGUAUACAGUAUUUGACCUCUCAGCUUCCCUAUCAAAUCUAAAAAUGUCAAGCAGACAACCUAAGAACAUUAACAACAAUGACAAACGUUUUGAUGAAAAAUGCAAAAACUGUGUACUGAGCAAAUAUCAAAUUGGCUUUUUACCUAAUUACGGUACGGCAGACCACGUAUUUACCCUGCACACCCUAAUUGACAAACAAACAGACCAAAACAAAGGCAAAGUCUUCUCAUGCUUUGUUGAUUUCAAAAAAGCUUUUGACUCAAUUUGGCAUGAGGGUCUACUAUACAAAUUGAUGGAACGAGGUGUUGGUGGAAAAACAGUAUAAAAUCCAUGUACAAAAACAACAAGUGUGUGGUUAAAAUAAAAAUAAAAACACACACAUUUCUUUCCACAGGGCCGUGGGGUGAGACAGAGAUGCAGCUUGAGCCCCACCCUCUUCAACAUAAAUACCAACCAAUUGGCAAGGGCACUAGAACAGUCUGCAGCACCCGGCCUCACCCUACUAGAAUCUGAAGUCAAAUGUCUACUGUUUGCUGAUGAUCUGGUGCUUCUGUCCCCAACUAAGGAGGGAUUACAGCAGCACCUAGAUCUUCUGCACAGAUUCUGUCAGACCUGGGCCCUGACAGUAAAUCUCAGUAAGACAAAAAUAAUGGUGUUCCAAAAAAGGUCCAGUUGCCAGGACCACAAAUACAAAUUCCAUCUAGACACCGUUGCCCUAGACCUCACAGAAAAACGAUACAUACCUCGGCCUAAACAUCAGCGCCACAGGUAACUUCCACAAAGCUGUGAACUUUGUGAUCUGAGAGACAAGGCAAGAAGGGAACAUAAAAAGGAACAUCAAAUGUGACAUACUAAUUAGGGUCUGGCUAAAAAUACUUGAAUCAAUUUUAGAACCCAUUGUCCUUUAUGGUUGUGAGGUCUGGUGUCCGCUCAUCAACCAAGAAUUCACAAAAUGGGACAAACGCCAAAUUGAGACUGCAUGCAGAAUUCUGCAAAAACAUCCUCAGUGUACAACGUAAAACACCAAAUAAUGCAUGCAGAGCAGAAUUAGGCCAAUACUCACUAAUUAUAAAAAUCCAGAAAAUAGUUGUUAAAUUCUACAACCACCUAAAAGGAAGCAAUUCCCAAACCUUCCAUAACAAAGCCAUCACCUACAGAGAGAUGAACCUGGAGAAUAGUCCCCUAAGCAAGCUGGUCCAGGGACUCUGUUCACAAACACAAACAGACCCCACAGAGCCCCAGGACAGCAACACAAUUAGAACCCAACCAAAUCAUGAGAAAACAAAAAGAUUAUUACUUGACACAUUGGAAAGAAUUAACAAAAAAAAAACAGAGCAAACUAGAAUGUUAUUUGGCCCUAAACAGUGACUGACCCAAAAUUAAGGAAAGCUUUGAAUAUGUACAGACUCAGUGAGCAUAGCCUUGCUAUUGAGAGAGAAGACAGGAUAUGUGCACACUGCCUACAAAAUGAGGUGGAAACUGAGCUGCUCUUCCUAACCUCCUGCCAAAUGUAUGACCAUAUUAGAGACACAUAUUUCCCUCAGAUUACGCAGACCCACAAAGAACUCAAUUUUUUUUUUCAAUUUUGAUAAACUCACAUACAGUAUCUAUUGUGUGAAAUACCACAGUAUGCCAUCACAGCAGCAAUAUUGGUGACCUGUUGCCACAAGAAAAGGGCAACCAGUGAAGAACAAACACCAUUGUAAAUACAUUUUCCCUUUUGUACAUCGUUACAGCACUGUAUAUAGCCAUAAUAUGACAUUUGAAAUGUCUCUAUUCCUUUGAAACCUUUGUGAGUGUAAUGUUUACUGUUUAUUUUUUAUUGUUUAUUUCACUUUUGUUUAUUAUCUAUUUCACUUGCUUUGGCAAUGCAAACAUACGUUUCUCAUGCCAAUAAAGCCCUUUGAAUUUAAUUGAAUUGAGAGGGAGAGAGGGAGAGAGCGAGAGAGCGAGAGAGCGAGCGACAAGACCACAAAUUGUAAACAGAACUGGCGCUCCUGUGGGCACAGAUCAAACACCAGCACCGUAUUCAGUAACACUUUGAUCCCCUCUUUUCAGAGAAGGGAAAGGGGGUCAAAGCGUCUGUCAGAUUUAUUUCUCCCAUCUGCCUAGUGAAUUAAGAAGGCCCAGUCAUUCGCCACACAUCUGCAAAAGGAACCAAUGAUUUAUCCCCCCAGACUGGGCUGGGAUUGGGAGUGCAGGUGCAGAAGGCGUGCAAAGCUGGGGCUUUUUAAUCAGUUCUAAACACCCCUGGACACAUACAGACAGCAAGGCCAGCCACAGACAUUGAUGAAGUGAGGCUGAUAUCUCUCUCAGUAGCUUUCAAAAUGUGUGGGAAAAGUGUCACUUACCCUGAACAGGAAGCCUCGGAACAAUAGUUUGAAGCUUCUUGCUGUCACUCAUAUUGAAUAAUAUUGUAAGCUCAGCUCUGUAGGGCCUUCUUUCAGAUGUUCAUGAAAUGUAACAUUUGGCUCGUGGGCUCUAUUGGCUCUAGUCUACAGGCUAUAGCCAAUAAAGGGUUUCCUUCAACGUCUAAUUAUUUUUAGAAACGAUAUUAAAUAUCAGUCAGCAAGAAGUCAUUGCUGUAUUAUGUCUUAGCUAUUAGUCAAAUCUACACAUCAGUGUCACAACAUGUCCAAAGUACACUCUUAGAAAAAAGGGUUCCAAAAGGGUUCUUCAGCUGGAACCAAAAGUAGUUCUUCAAAGGGUUCUCCUAUGGGGACAGCCGAAUAACCCUUUUAGGUUCUAGAUAGCACCUUUCUUUCUAAGUGUAGAUUUCCGGAGUGUUAUCAGUGGUUGUGUUUUGAUUGAUGUCGUGCAAUGCAGUGCUUUGAUAGAUUACAGGUGUCGACAGUCUUUCCUGUUUUUGCUCCUCUGUGAAUACCUGACAGGCCAACCGAUCGCGGAGUCUGGGUGCCUCAGUAUACUGCGUGGGGGUGAAGGACUUCAAUGAGACACAGGUGUGUUGACACAUCUUGCUUCAUUGUGCUCUGAUUUGACAUGGUCUCAAACUGUAUCCCAAACGUAAGAUGGAAAAGAGGUUGGUGGGUGUGUAGAACGGUAUGAUACUUUUUUCUCUUCCUCAGCUGGCAAAGAUUGCUGAUAGCAAGGACCAUGUCUUCCCAGUGAACGAUGGCUUUGAAGCACUGCAGGGGGUCAUUGAUUCGGUAAGAGGUUCAGACUUGACUACUAACACAAGGAACCCACUGGGCAAAAACUGGUUGAAUCAACGUUGUUUCCACGUCAUUUGAAAUGUGUAUUUUUAUAUGUGAUGACGUUGAAUCAACGUAAAAAAAUGAUUGGAUUUGCUAAACGUCAUCAACGUAAGGGAAUUUCAUAUUUCUUUCACCCAACUUUUAACCUAAAUCCAAUGUCAUAGUGCCAUUUUUUGUUGAUGACAACUUAACCAAAAUUAGACUUUGAACUGACGUCUUUGCCCAGUGGGAAGGCGAGAAUAACAACAUCUUUAAUAUGCACACUGUACCAUCCAUCCAGAGAUGGUGUUCAAUAAUUCUCACUGCAGUACAUCUCUAAAACCAUUAACACAUUAAUCAAAUAGGAAGCAAGGGAGAAUAGGAUUAAAGAAAACAAUAAACAUAUUCCAUCCAUCAAAACUCACUAGGAACAGAAUUCCAGGAAAACCUGCUGUGACUCCGACUUCCCAUCUUUUGAUCCAAGCUAGUGGAGACUACCAAACAGGAUCAAAGUGUAUGCAUUCAUUCAUUAUAGCUUCCACCUCAAAGGUAUUGACUUAUAUUUUUGUAUCCGCUGAAACGAUUUAAAUAGCGGAGGAAUGAAAGACAAGGAGAGUCGUGGAGAGGCCAUUGUCACCCAGGGCACGGAGUUCCUCUAACAGAGCUAGAGGUCAGUCAGACAAGUUGACUGUCAUCUGGAGCCCAUUAACAGCAUGCUGAAAGCUGCUGGCUCAGACUCAUGGAAGCAGGACAGCAUGCAGUAAAUCAAACUGAUCUUCAGGCAUACAACACAUACUUUCUCUGGAUAGUGGGGGUAUAGAGAGAGAUGUACACCCAGAACACAGGAGACAUCAAGCAGAUCAUAUAAAUGAGGUGCACAGGUACACACUGUAAUUGCCAGUAAAAGGAGUAUAGGGAUUAUAUAGUAAACCAAUACUCUCAACAUAGCAACACACAACACUCUGUAACAAGCCAGACCUUGGCCCAAUGCCCAACUGUCUCCCUUACUCAUUCUCACCUUUCACCUCUCUCCCCCAGAUCUUAAAGAAGUCCUGUAUUGAGAUCCUGGCGGCGGAGCCCUCCAGUAUCUGUGCAGGAGGUAGGUUUAUAGACCUCUGGCCUUCCGCAUUUAUCCUCUCUGGCCUCUCAGGUCUUCAUCUAAUCAGACAUUUAAAGGCCCGCUCACAUUGGAGCGCACAACAGGAUGAGAAAACCAAUCUACCUUGGCAGGGCCAGCAGCCUGGUGUGUAGUAAAUAUCUCCUACACACAUUAGUAGCAACUUCAUUUGUCAUGAACGAUUCAACCCAGACCUGGUCCCAACUAAACUACUGUACUAAGGACACAAAUAAUUGCUUUCUCUCCUUUAUCUAAUUUGUAAUGCUGCUGUCGUUUCUCUCUUCCCUCUCCAGAAACUUUCCAGGUGGUGGUUAGAGGAAAUGGCUUCCUCCAUGCUCGGAAUGUUGAUAAGGUCCUGUGCAGUUUCCGAAUCAACGACACACUCACCAAGAGUAAGUGGAGCAUCAACUCCAAAUUAAUAAAUAGGGGACCUGUGUUCUGUUUGUUUCAAAGACAUGUUUAUAAUGCGUAAAGAAUUUGCUAAUCAUGCAAUAGGACACACAAAGUCAUAUUUACUGCAGCUGUAAGAGUAAAACUACUCAGGAAAUGUAUGACAGACGUGGUGUUAUGAGUUAGACACAGUAAAAGUCAAUGUUUUCUUAUUGAUGUCUCACAAUAUUUCCCAAAAGUGCAGUUCAGGAGAUCAGUAGGGGUUCUCUAUGCCCAAACAAGUGCCCAUGCCAUUUGUUUCUGGUAUUACUGGUUUGUGUUUUUAAAGGGUACAUUUGUGCUUUAACGGCCUGGGACUGUACCAGAGCCAGAAGAUAAAGGGAAAACAGUGCCACACACAAGGCAGUGUGGGGAAAAGCCCUGGAGGCACAUCCAAGUUCCCCCUGUGGUCUUUAAGUGGCGUAAUGGAUGUGUGAGACCAGCCCCCUCUGAUGCAUGACAACAUAUAGCUGUGGGAGGCCAUGCUCUAAUUACAAACAAAGACAAAAUAGCCAGCGCUGAUGCACAAACACGUCUGGAGUCUGGGCCUGAGAGGAAGGGGAUGAGGGGAUGUUUAGGCCGGAAGUGAUUUAUACCCUCAACAGCUGAAUGUCAGGACAGGGUCUGGAGCAAAGACACAGGCACAAAGUUAAUGUCCAUUCUAAGUUAUUGGCCUUCAUUCUGAAGUUCUGAAUGGCAAAGAAGGAUUUAAUCUAUGGAAUUUGAUUGCAGAUCAAAGUACAGUCUUCAGCUGCGUUCAAUAUUACAGUUUUAUAACUUUUACAGUAUGGUGCUACUUAGCACGAAUGACCUGAGGACUGCUAACAAAUGUCUUCUACACUGAAUUAGUUUUGAAGAGAACGGUUUACAGUGAACCAGAAUGUAAAUUGUUUGUAUGUAAUUAAACAUCCAACUCCCCAAGCAGAAAAAAGGAUACACCACCUCUUUGUUUACUUCCCUCCUUCCAUCCCUUCCUUCAGAUGUAAACCCAAAGAUAUGUGUACCAACUGUUCAGUAGAGCAUGUUUACCCCUAAACAGCUCAGUCAUUUCAGACGCAUCAGGGGCCAUCUAUAAAUGGCCACUGUUGGCUUAUUGUUUCCAGUGGUUGAGUGUCAUUGGCCUCAUAUGAUUGAUUCACAUCGUCCCACGGUGCGCUCUUCUAUAAUAUGCAGAACUCCUAAUGCGCCCCUUGACCAUCACCACAGACACCACCCCCCCUCUACCGCCUCUCCAUAACCUCCAAAGGCUCCAGCCCUCGUAGGAAAGGAGCAAUGUGUAGCUACAUGUGUUCAGCAGCUGAAUGGAUGUCUGAGUCUAUGUCUUCAGGAAAAGCAGCAGCAGCAAAUACAGGCCUUCCGAGCUUUGGCAGUGAAGAGAUGUCGGGAGCAUUCCUUCCUCCCAGUGACAGAUACUGCCCUGAUGGCUCCAGUGAGCAUCAUCAUGGAGAUAUGUGAAGAUGAGAAUCCACACCUAGUGACGUGAUAAGACUUUAUUCUUUAGAAAUGCUCAGGAACCGGAAUAAUCAUAAUUUUAUUGGGAUUGUAUAGUCCUCCACAAAUCUUACUUGACAGACAGCAGCACAGCCAUAUUAUUGUAUUCUCAGAAGCAGUGUCCUGUUAAAUUGUCUCAGUAUUGGUUAAAUAGGCUGGUCUGCUGGUCUGCACUGUUGGAGCUAGGAACACAAGCAUUUCGCUACACCUGCAAUAACAUCUGCUAAAUAUGUGAAUGUGACCAAUACAAUUUGAUUUGAUUUGGUCUGUGAUCAGCACAGGCUGUAAUAUCUGGUAAUUUAUUGAGUAAGCUUAAACAGUGGGCACAUGUCUGCACUCAGUAGUAAAACAUGACCUUUUCUCAUGCAUACAGAGUUUACUGUGUAAUAAAGUGUUGUGACAUGAAGCAAAGCUGUUGGUGGCAGCAUCUAGAUCCCAAUGGUAUUAAAUGGUAGAACACUUCACCUGAGAGAGUCCUUUAUAGUCAGUCAGUCAGUCAGUCAGCCAACCAGUCUGUCUGUCUGUCUUAAAAUAGGCCCUCAGCUCUCUCGGUCCCCUUUGAUAGUUUAAAUCCAUGCCAUGUGUAAGGUGGGUGACUGCUGAUUUGAACUCUGAGUGGGAUAUCUGGCUGAGUUUGUGUUGGCUCUGAGCUCAGCUUAGCAGGCUGCAGUAUUGAUCUCCUCCUGGUCCCAAUUCCUCCCCUCCAUCCUGCGGGGUGUUACUGGAGAGGAGAGGAGCGGUCAUCAGUUUGCUGUGGAGUGCUCAUGUUGAUUUCCUCAGUGCAGGGUUAUGCUAACCCUGAGCCAGGAUAAACAGGCAGUCUUGGGCGACGGCCAUGCUCACUGGAUCUGUUUUCCAACGUUUCAUAAGUUGGACACAGAAAUAAUCAAAGUUCUCUUUAAAAAUGAAGGCUAUGCUUUUAAUCAUCGUCUUUGUCUCUGCUCUGUCAAAUGGGUGUACGUGUCAGGACUAGGGUAUUGAACUAUGGUCUUUAAACAUUUCUGUAUUAUAUUAGAUUGGUAUGUUAAUUGAGUUAUCAUCAAGAGAAAUGACAUCGGCUCUCUGUUGUGAUCACUAAUCAGUUUGUCAUGUCACAGUCCAAUACCGAUAAUCCAAUAAGAUGAUGACAUUUCACGAUCAAUAGUCAAUGAACUCCAGACAUCAGUUGAAGAGAGAUUUGGGGCAUGAUAUACAGUGCCUUCAGAAAGUGAAACAUAGGGGUAGGGUUGUAGAGAAUCGAAGGACCAUGAAUAUAAUAAGAAACCUUAGGUGCUGGCUUAAGGCCGGUAACAACCACUAGAGAAUGUCCAGUCAGAACAAGGCUAAAGUGGAUGUCCAGGUUAAGGGGAGUUUAAUGGAAGAAGAUGUUCACAUUCACACACACACACACACACACACACACACACACACACACACACACACACACACACACACACAGCUGACCACUCAUGGUUAAGAUAACUGAGAAUAAUGUCCAGUGAGAAAUGACAUUGACUAUGUGGUUCUGAAAGGAAAGAGGAGAAUUAAAACUUAGACUAUGGCACUGCUAUAAUAUGAAUGGCAUGGCUGUAUAAGCUACAGUUACAGUUUACAUAGCAGACGCCUAUCAACGACUACAGUUAGGAAUACAUAUUUAACUGGCCCCCGUGGAUGAACCACAAACUGCGGCAAGCAUGUCAUCAACUGAACAUCUGACGGCCAUUUCCUACUGGACAAGCUGGCUAGCUAGCAAGGUAAUAUAUAACAGCAAGGCUAACUACAGCAGGCAUAGGGCGUAGUCACAUGGCAAUAGACUAAACAGCCUUUUGGACUUGUACACAUGAAACUCAGGCAAAUGUGCUCAAAUAAACAUUACAGUAAUGUUGAAAUAUAUAUAGAAUAUAAUUACAAUGAGCGUGAGUAAUAUAUAUAUAAGAACAGAAAAUAGCUUAGCACCAUGAAUUAGCAAUGGUAAUAAACGGCUAAACGCUAACAGUCAUGCUAAAAUGCUCAUGCUAAAAUGCUAACGGUAGUGCUAAUGUUAGCGGGACCACAAGCUAGCAAACAAGCUCAACACACGGUAAUUGUACACAGUAAACCACAAAGCUCCACAUAAUAUGACACAGAUUCAAGGCACUUACAGUUGAAGUCGGAAGUUUACAUACAGUGAGGGAAAAAAGUAUUUGAUCCCCUGCUGAUUUUGUACGUUUGCCCACUGACAAAGAAAUUAUCAGUCUAUAAUUUUAAUGGUGGGUUUAUACAGGUAACGAGCUGAGAUUAGGAGCACACUCUUAAAGGGAGUGCUCCUAAUCUCAGUUUGUUACCUGUCUAAAAGACACCUGGGAGCCAGAAAUCUUUCUGAUUGAGAGGGGGUCAAAUACUUAUUUCCCUCAUUAAAAUGCAAAUCAAUUUAUAACAUUUUUGACAUGCGUUUUUCUGGAUUUUUGUUGUUGUUAUUCUGUCUCUCACUGUUCAAAUAAACCUACCAUUAAAAUUAUAGACUGAUCAUGUCUUUGUCAGUGGGCAAACAUACAAAAUCAGCAGGGGAUCAAAUACUUUUCCCCCUCACUGUACACAUUAGCCAAAUACAUUUAAACUACGUUUUUCACAAUUCCUGACAUUUAAUCCUAGUAAAUAUUCCCUCUUAGGUCAGUUAGGAUUACCACUUUAUUUUAAGAAUGUGAAAUGUCAGAAUAAUAGUAGAGAGAAUGAUUUAUUUCAGCUUUUAUUAAUUUCAUCACAUUCCCAGUGGGUCAGAAGUUUACAUACACUCAAUUAGUAUUUGGUAGCAUUGCCUUUAAAUUGUUUAACUUGGGUCAAAUGUUUCGGGUAGCCUUCUACAAGCUUCCCACAAUAAGUUGGGUGAAUUUUGGCCCAUUCCUCCUGACAGAGCUUGUGUAACUGAGUCAGGUUUGUAGGCCUCCUUGCUCGCACACGCUUUUCCAGUUCUGCCCACACAUUUUCUAUAGGAUUGAGGUCAGGGCUUUGUGAUGGCCACUCCAAUACCUUGACUUUGUUGUCCUUAAGUCAUUUUGCCACAACUUUGGAAGUAUGCUUGGGGUCAUUGUCCAUUUGGAAGACCCAUUUGCGACCAAGCUUUAACUUCCUGACUGAUGUCUUGAGAUGUUGCUUCAAUAUAUCCAUAUACUUUUUCUUCCUCAUGAUGCCAUUUAUUUUGUGAAGUGCACCAGUCCCUCCUGCAGCAAAGCACCCCCAGAGCAUGAUGCUGCCACCCCCGUGCUUCACAGUUGGGAUGGUGUUCUUCGGCUUGCAAGCUGCCCCCUUUUUCCUCCAAACAUAACUAUGGUCAUUAUGGGCAAACAGUUCUAUUUUAGUUUCAUCAGACCAGAGGACAUUUCUCCAAAAAGUACGAUCUUUGUCCCUAUGUGCAGUUGCAAACCGUAGUCUGGCUUUUUUAUGGCAGUUUUGGAGCAGUGGCUUCUUCCUUGCUGAGCGGCCUUUCAGGUUAUGUCGAUAUAGGACUUGUUUUACUGUGGAUAUAGAUACUUUUGUACCUGUUUCCUCCAGCAUCUUCACAAGGUCCUUUGCUGUUGUUCUGGGAUUGAUUUGCACUUUUCGCACCAAAGUACGUUCAUGGUUUUCAUACUUGCGUACUAUUGUUUGUACAGAAGAACGUGGUACCUUCAGGCGUUUGGAAAUUGCUCCUAAGGAUGAACCAGACUUGUGGAGGUCUACAAUGUUUUUUCUGAGGUCUUGGCUGAUUUCUUUUGAUUUUCCCAUGAUGACAAGCAAAGAGGCACUGAGUUUGAAGGUAGGCCUUGAAAUACAUCCACAGGUACACCUUCAAUUGACUCAAAUAAUGUAAAUUAGCCUAUCAGAAGCUUCUAAAGCCAUGACAUAAUUUUCUGUUUAAAGGCACAGUCAACUUAGUAUAUGUAAACUUCUGACCCACUGGAAUUGUGAUACAGUGAAUUAUAAGUGAAAUAAUCUGUCUGUAAACAAUUGUUGGAAAAAUGACUUGUGUCAUGCACAAAGUAGAUGUCCUAAACGACUUGCCAAAACUAUAGUUUGUUAACAGGAAAUGUGUGGAGUGGUGAAAAACAAGUUUUAAUGACUCCAACCUAAGUGUAUGUACACUUCCAACUUCAACUGUACGUUUAGAUGCACACACAAUUAAACACCAGACAUAAAGGGAUUCAGUCCACAGGAGGAAAAGUUCAGCAGGAGGGAAAACUGUGGGAGUGCUCAUCAGGAUGGGGAAAGCACGUUUAUGCCCACACAGCCUGCUGGGGUCAUUUUUACAUAUCUACCAAUCGGUGCCCUUCUGUGUGAGUCAUUGAAAAACCUCCCUGUUCUUUGUGGUUUAAUCUGUGUUUGAAAUUCACUACUCGAUUGAGGGACCUUACGGAUAUUUGUAUGUGUAGGGUAUAGAGAUGGGGUAGUCAUUCAAAAAUCAUGUUAACCACUAUUAUUGAACACGGAAUGAGUCCAUGCAAAUUAUUAUGCGAUUUGUUAAGCACAUUUUUACUACAGAACUUAUUUAGGCUUGGAUAAAGUAAAGGGGUGUGAAUACUUUCUGAAUCCACUGUACGUCUAAGCUCCUGAUACAUGUAUGCAGUUGCGCCACUUCUCAAAAGGUCAAUGGAUUCUGAUGUUUGAAAUUGAAUUUUGAUCUGUGCAGUCUGAAUUACACUCUGACUACAGCAGAACCAUUAUGGUUUGUGUAUGGGUCAAUAUUGUGACCCUUCGUUCUCCUCUACUCCUCUAGGUGUGAAGCCAUUAAUAGUGGAAGAUACAUAUCUUCUCUGUCCUGCCCCCAUUCUACAGGAAGAUGGAAUGUAAGUACUACCAUCACUGAAUGAAUAUCAGGUUUUAUCUUUAUCUGCUAUUUAUCUGCUGAUAUUUCUGUCACCCAUCCUCACCACACUCUAUCUCUUUACACUCCAUUUAUGUUCCAGGGCAGCCAACCUCUAUGUCAGCAUGAAUGAAGGUCUUAGUUUCAUUUCCAGUUCAGUCACCAUUACAACUGUGAGCUGUGUAAGUAGAACAUGCACCACACCACUGUGCACCACAACUAUGUGCCAUGCGGUACUCCCAUCAAAGCUUCACAUGAACCAAUACAGUGGCUUGCGAAAGUAUUCACCCCCCUUGGCAUUUUUCCUAUUUUGUUGCCUUACAACCUGGAAUUAAAAUAGAUUUUUGGGGGGUUUGUAUCAUUUGAUUUACACAACAUGCCUACACUUUGAAGAUGCAAAAUAUUUUUUCUUGUGAAACAAACAAGAAAUAAGACAAAAAAACGGAAAACUUGAGCAUGCAUAACUAUUCACCCCCCCCCCCAAAGUCAAUACUUUGUAGAGCCACCUUUUGCAACAAUUACAGCUGCAAGUUUCUUGGGGUAUGUCUCUACAAGCUUGGCACAUCUAGACACUGGGAUUUUUGCCCAUUCUUCAAGGCAAAACUGCUCCAGCUCCUUCAAGUUGGAUGGGUUCCGCUGGUGUACAGCAAGUCAUACCACAGAUUCUCAAUUGGAUUGAGGUCUGGGCUUUGACUAGGCCAUUCCAAGACAUUUAAAUGUUUCCCCUUAAACCACUCGAGUGUUGCUUUAGCAGUAUGCUUAGGGUCAUUGUCCUGCUGGAAGGUGAACCUCCGUCCCAGUCUAAAAUCUUUGGAAGACUGAAACAGGUUUUCCUCAAGAAUUUCCCUGUAUUUAGCGCCAUCCAUCAUUCCUUCAAUUCUGACGUCCUUGCCGAUGAAAAACAUCCCCACAGCAUGAUGCUGCCACCACCAUGCUUCACUGUGGGGAUAGUGUUCUCGGGGUGAUGAGAGGUGUUGGGUUUGCGACAGACAUAGUGUUUUCCUUGAUGGCCAAAAAGCAAAAUGUUGGUCUCAUCUGACCAGAGUACCUUCUUCCAUAUGUUUGGGGAGUCUCCCACAUGCCUUUUGGUGAACACCAAACGUGUUUGCUUAUUUUUUUCUUUAAGCAAUGGCUUUUUUCUGGCCACUCUUCCGUAAAGCCCAGCUCUGUUGAGUGUACGGCUUAAAUUGGUCCUAUGGACAGAUACAAUCUCUGCUGUGGAGCUUUGCAGCUCCUUCAGGGUUAUCUUUGGUGUCUUUGUUGCCUCUCUGAUUAAUGCCCUCCUUGCCUGGUCCGUGAGUUUUGGUGGGAGGCCCUCUCUUGGCAGGUUUGUUGUGUUGCCAUAUUCUUUCAAUUUUUUUAUAAUGGAUUUAAUGGUGCUCUGUGGGAUGUUCAAAGUGUCUGAUAUUUUUUUAGAACCCAACCCUGAUCUGUACUUCUCCACAACUUUGUCCCUGACCUGUUUGGAGAGCUCCUUGGUCUUCAUGGUGCCGCUUGCUUGGUGGUGCCCCUUGUUUAGUGGUGUUGCAGACUCUGGGGCCUUUCAGAACAGGUGUAUAUAUACUGAGAUCAUGUGACAGAUCAUGUGACACUUAGAUUUCACACAGGUGGACUUUAUUUACCUAAUUAUGUGACUUCUGAAGGUAAUUGGUUGCACCAGAUCUUAUUUAGGGGCUUCAUAGCAAAGGGGGUGAAUACAUACAGUAUGCACCCACCACUUUUCCAUUAUUUAUUUUUUAGAAUUUUUUGAAACAAGUUAUUUUUUUCAUUUCACUUCACCAAUUUGGACUAUUUUGUGUAUGUCCAUUGCAUGAAAUCCAAAUAAAAAUCCAUUUAAAUUACAGGUUGUAAUGCAACAAAAUAGGAAAACACCAAGGGGGAUGAAUACUUUUGCAAGGCACUGUAACUGUCUCAAACUAUGCCUUAUUAUGUUAUUCCCCUGUAGUUAGACAACAACAGGCACUUGAAGUUUCUGAUGGUUCUCAGCCUUUGCACUGUUGUUGAGACUGAGUUUGACCGGUGUCCCUCACUCUCUGUCUGUCCCAGUCUGAUGGAACCAUCCUGGCCAUCGCCCUGCUCAUCCUCAUGAUGCUCUUAGUCCUCAUGCUGCUCUGGUGGUUCUGGCCUCUCUGCUGCACUGUGGUGAGUCACAUAAACUAUCUGUCAUAUUCACACUCAUGGACAGUGUCUUACAAGCUUUAACCUUUUUAAAUUAAACACAGAUUGCCCUAUACGGUAGGUAAACCUAUGUGUAGCUUACAGCAUUUCCACUAAGUAUUUUCUUAGACAACUCUUUAAACUCUUUAUACACCGUGAUAAUGCUCACAGAUGAUCACAGAUUUCUUUUCCAGAGUUGUUUUGUCUGACCUUGGCACACUCAGAGAACCUUGCUAACCUGAACAACAUUCCCAUGGUGAGAGGGUUAUAUGAGUCAGUAAAGGAUGAGACUCCUUGGCCUUUUUGGCCUCCAAUUGAUUUUGUUAGUCCAUUAUGCCCAAAGGUCACCAGAGGUCACCAGGGGUCAAAGCCCAGUGGUAAAUGUGUGCUGAAGUAAUUAGUCCCUCUGUUGAAGUCAUUAGUUCCACUGGAGUUCACAGAACCGCUGCCCCCUCAGCUCAUGGAGGUCAAGGGCAAUGUAGCUUCUCAGUAUUGUUCUAGUAUUUAGACAAAAACAUUGAGAGGAGAGAGGAAACUUACGCCAUCAUCAAGAUAUGGGAAGUAGGUUACACAAUCACACAGUGUUCAUGUUUGUCAAAGCUCCUAAAACAAAUUCCAUGAGGUCACAUAUUUUUCCCAGAAUACAGAGGUUAGUCAUUCUCAGAAUCACUCCACGCCACCUGAUUUUGCAUAAUAAUCUACUGCCUCUCCCUCCCAGCCAUGCCUAACAAAAUGCAACACUUCUGGUCUAUGGAAUUGAAGCAUGUAUUGCCCAUUCAAUAUCUGUUUUACAAGCCUGGAAACUGAAAAGUUGGAAAUACGCAGAAAAAGAUGUCAGUUUUUACUAUGUUACUCUCUCUCCUUAGCUUUAUAGUUCUUGUCAGUUAUUUUCAGUGGAAAUCCUUGCCCAGCACUGUUUAGGAAAGUUAUGCUUGGUUACCAUGGGAAAUCAGCUACUAUUCCAACCUUUGGGAAGCACAGAGGAAAAUAAGUAUAGUUUCAAGUCAUGUAUAUUAAUUGCCUUGGCCAGGUUAUUUUCUAAAUGCUUACAGUCAUAGUUGCUCAACGUUUUGUUAGCCAUGGACACAUCACAAGCAUGUAUUUUGCUAUAGAUUGAGCCAAGUGAAUUUGAGGAAAAUACAGUUUUAUCUAUAUUUACUAAGCAUUUAGAUUAUUGUAAUAUUCUACUACAUCAUCACAGGGCUCUGCCUAAUCCAACAGGAGGAGCUGGUAGUUAAUCACUGUCUGUAAAAUGUUUUAAGAUGUCCUUUGCCUGGAAUAUGUUUUACACAGGGUUCCUUGAAUUUCAUCAUAGUUGAAAACAGAAAAACAAGUGAGCGUGGAGCAUACACUCGCAUGCCCUUUACUCUCCCCCACCCCUAUCCCUCUUCCUCUCCCCACCCAACCAACAUACCAGGUUUAGGAAUCUGGAUGGCAGAUUUCUAGGUCAGUCGCUUGUAAAUAGUAGAACAAGGGAGAGAAAAAAACUAUUCCUGAGCCAUGUGUUUUCAUGAAAUCAUGUUUUGAAAUGUGUAUUUUGAAGUGCAUGUAUGUUUUCUUACAUGCUCAUUACAGUGUAAACUCUUUCUCUUCACCCCCCCCCCAGAUUAUCCAUGAGCCACCACCACCAGUAGUGGAAGACAGUUCGGUAAGAAAAAAACAAUAACAAAAAAAAACAAGUAACACUUUAUGUUGAUUACUGUUGGAGUGUGGGUUAGAUUUUCCACAGUAUGUCUGACUUUAUAGUUAGAGAUUGUCUCUGGAAGGGUAGAAAAGUCUCUAUUCACUCACUGUAGCACAAUGCUAUGGCUCUAAAUGUAAUGGCCACUAAGCAGAAGAGAAACACUCUUUCAGCCAUUUGUUUUAUAGGUAAAGUAAUAAUACUUUUGGUGGAGCGUUUUAGUGAACAACAGUUAUCCUAGAUUUAUAUUUCCUAUCCACAAGAAAGAUACAGUACUGCAGGCUACCAGGAUAUAGUGGACUGACUGACAUGUAGCAAAACCAUUUGGAAUGUUAAUAGGUGUUGGAAACCAUUGCUUAUGGUCCAUUUUCUUCAAUAAUCUCAAACCUCACUGACCAUUUGGAAUAUUCCCCAUGAUUUUAUAGACUGACAUAUGACCAAGAUAUUUAUUCCGCCCAAUUGCUGUGGUUUUGUCUUUGAAGUAUUGUCAUAAUAAUAAUAAUAAUAAUAUGCCAUUUAGCAGACGCUUUUAUCCAAAGUGACUUACAGUCAUGUCAUGAUAGAUAUGUAGUACUGUAUCCAUCAACCAGAGUAUGGUCAGGACAACACCCUCCCACUAUGAAGACCUGUCUUUUCCCACACCUCAUGUAGUCCUAAACCCCUCCUUACUCCCAGCAAAUACAUUCUGAUAAAAAAGGCAGGAGAGCUUAUUUGAACAGCCCCUUCUCUGGUCACUGUACAAACUGAUAAUCAAUUUCUAUACCCCCCCAUGUAUAAUAAAAAUAAAGCUGAUAAUAAUUGUAUCUUUACUUCACUGUAUGGGAUUUUAUUUUAGUUUAAGGUUUCAAUUAAGGCCUUAUUUAAGAGCCAUCUGUUUGGAGUCCUUUCCUUGAGAUCCCUCCAGACCACUGGGAAUCCACUGACUUAUCAGAUGAAUCAAACAAUACUUCACAACAACAAAUACUUUCACAGUGAACAACAGACAGCACCGCAAAUGACUCUAGUUACAAAACAUUGUAAACUGUCAACAGAAUUCUAUCUAACCUGACUAAUUUGAAUGGAAUUAAGCUUUUUUACAGCAAAUACUAUUUUCAUAAAUGUUGCAAUUAUUUCAGUUUAGUAUAAACCCUUUUUUGGGGGGGUGGGGGGAUGCAACUAUGGUUGUCGUCUGGAAAGAAUAGAGAGGCAGGUGUAUACUGUAGUCCAAGUACUUGUCUUCUCAACUGAUAUCAUUAUGUUUAUACCAGUGCUUCUUUUAGAUGUUGAUUUUGUAAGACAUCGAUUGUCGUAAAAUCACCUCAUUAACCCAGCAUAUGGAAUGUCCACACAAAAAGGGUGAAGAAAGCAUCUCCCCCACUCCAUUUCAAUUAGAUCAUAUAGGAGGUAUCUCCUCCAGUUUUCUGUGAAGCUCUUUGCCCAUUGUCUGUGUCUCUCUGAGGGUCAGUGAGGGUGAUACCGACAGCCUGAUGUUAUUGCCGCCUCCUCUCUGGCAGGCCCUGAUCAUAGUCCUGAUGAAUUUGAUUAGUCUGAAUCUGGGCCUGUUAAAGAGCUGAAACAUGAGGAGGUGGGCUCUGUCAUUUCCUCUGAUCUGAUGUACGCCACGGACGGGACUGGAGAUAAGGAGGCGAGGGGGAGAGUGAGUAGAUGGAGACUGAUUUAGACAGUAAAGGAAAUUAUACCCAGAACCUGAAUUAUUAGACUGAGAGUAGGGUAUAUGAAAUAUGGAGAGGCAGGGGGCUUGGUGUUUAAACUGUAUCUCAGAACCAACAGUGCCAGUGUGUAUGAAAUGAUCAAUCAUCUCAGACCUGAAUUUUUAUUAACCCUGUCUUAGAUACUGUGAAACAAAUGUGAGAUAUUGACACCUGUCUUUACACACUCUCUCUAUCUCCCCCCACUUCAGGAUGAGGAAUCAGAUUGGAUGCACAAGAAGAAGUGGCCCACGGUCGAUGCUUCCUACUAUGGGGGCAGAGGUGUGGGUGGAAUCAAAAGGAUGGAGGUGAGCUUCCCUGGAGCCCUGUUGCAUUUAAAUUCUGACAACUAGCUUUCAUUCCCACUACUGUACUUCAUACUACUGUAAUGUACCUGCCCUCACUCUCAAUCUACAGCUUUCCUCUCCAUGCUAUUUGAUAUAGGAAGACUCUGUUUGACAGAUCAGCAACGGCAAACAACCAAGCACACACUUAGUGGUUGAUCCAACUGCUUGAAUGUGGUUGAAAUGAAGCUAGACAGGUCUGAAAACCUCUUGUUAUUUGUCAGGUGCGUUGGGGUGAGAAAGGCUCUACUGAGGAGGGAGCCAAGCUGGAGAAGGCCAAGAACGCCAGGGUGAAGAUACCCGAGCAGGAGUUUAUACAGACCCCGAUUCGCAUUCUCAACAAUGGCAUGCGCAAGCCUCCAGGCCCUCACAAGUGGUACUCACCAAUUAAGGUAUUGACCUGGCCAAUAUAAAGAAACACAUUGGACACACAGCUGUCAAGUUCAAUCACAUACUCAACAUAGCUUCCUUUAUAUAUGGCCAUGUAUAGACUGAUAGGGUGGGUUGAAGCUGGAGUUUAUUAUGUAGGCAUUUCAUGUGGGAUAUUUUAGUGUUGAGAUCCCAGUCCUUACGUGACCACUGGCAUGGAGCCCCUACACACAGGGUCAGGCGCUAGUUAAAGGCAUUGUUCUAUAUGUCCUGACAGUCAGCAGGAGAUGGCUAAUAGAAACCAGAUAUACACCGGACUGACCUCCAGGGGGCAAGGGCUGCAGAACCAGCAGUUUUGUGAAGAAAAACAGAUUAUUUUUGUUCUGCCCCCCUUCCCCAACCUCUUAGCAAUGGCUGGGUCUAUGCAGAAUUCACAAUGAGCAAAUAUAAUUUGUUCAGGCUCUGGCUUUGAUAAUAAUCUGGGUCAGAGGUUUUAUCAUUAAAUUGAAUUUCAAUCUACAAAGUGAACCCUCUAAUUGGUGACAGAUAGAUAUGCAUUGAGAACAUUGUGGAGUUAUGGUUUGAGUUCGAAGAUAAUCCCUGGAAAUGCAUGUAAAGUAUAAGUAUAGUGUGUAAAUGUAUGUUUUAUAGUGAUUUAUAGUCACACCCACCCACACCAUGUACAAAAAGCAUCUUAAAGGGUCUUAUUGGUAUUGUGUACUGCUCUGUGAUUGCAGGGCAAACUGGAUGCUCUAUGGGUGUUGCUGAGGAAAGGCUAUGACCGUGUAUCUUUGAUGCGACCACACCCAGGAGAUAAGGUAAGACCCAACAAGCUGGAUACAUGUAGACAGAGCAAGGUCAUGUGAGGCCAAUGAUCAGGCCCCCUUCUACAAUCCAACUCUGCCUGCGUCAUAUGGAACCCAGUGCUCUCUGAAACACGUCACGGUUUCCAUUGCAGGAAAAUUGAAUUCUCUUUGCAAUUUUCCUGAUCAAGCAACCUGUAACUAACCGCAUUACAGUGUUCUGUACAGGAGUCUCUAAAACAUACUGUAGCAAUACUAUUAUAUCGCCACAUGAUGUUCAUUGACCUGUUUAAAUCUGUCAGAGUUUCUGUUGUGACUUUCAACUAUUAAACAAUAAGGUUUUUAAAUAAGUUAUCUUUUAAUAGGGAACUAUGAAAUCCAAGCCAAAAUAUCUUGUGUUAACAUUUUUACUUGUAAUUUGCUAAGGGGUAUGGUCCAUUAUUCCAUAGAAAAUAGACUAUAAUGAACUCCAUCAUGCCCUCCUCCUCCAUAAAGCCAGUCUGUGUUUUUAUUUGGUGACGCAUGAAUCAGGCUUUGCAUAGGGGUUGGCAGGAGUACAUUUUGAAGCAACAGAAAAUGUAGCAAGAGAAAUGGGCACAGCUGUUAGCAAUCAAGCACACAUACUGUAGAAAGAGAGGACUGCUGGGAAAACUUGUGGUGAGGUGGCACCCAUGACUUUAGAAACCCCCCAAGAGUUACAGGCUUGUGUUGAGAGCUGUGCAUAGGAGGUUGGUGGCACCUUAAUUGCGAAGGACGGGCUCGUGGUAAUGGCUGGAGCGGAAUUAGUGGAAUGGUAUUAAAUACAUCAAACACAUAGUUUUCAUGUGUUUGAUGCCAUUUCAUUCGCUCAGUUCCAGACAUUAUUAUGAGCCGUCCUCCCCUCAGCAGCCUCCACUGGAGCUGUGGUCAGGUCUGACUGGGCUGUGCUGAGGAGAAUGAGAACAGAGAGGAAGAUUGAUUCAGUAGACUUUACUUCCUCCUUCACAGGAAGUUCAACCUGAAU